AUUUUAGAAUCACAAAUCAAAUAAUCACUAAAAAAAAAUUAAUAUCAGCAUAAUAAUCCCUAAAUAACUAAUCCAUAAGUCGUUUAAACUUGUUUACACCCCUUAGACUUACUCUGUCUAAAUCCACUAGUGUUGGGUAUCAAUGUUCUGGAGAAAUCUAGACGUAGGGAGAAAGAAGCCUCUACCAGCUUCCGUUAUUCAUUCUCCCUAUAUCUCAAAUUUCCACACUCAAUUUUUCUUUCACUUCUACCAGCCCUCCAAUUCUCUACUUAUCAUUCUCUUUCCAACUUUCAUCUAUUAAGAAAGGAGCCCUUAAUUUGAACAAAUUGAUUUCUGAUAUUUUAGGGUUUUUGUUGUAAAAACAUGGAGACAUACUAUUCGUUGAAGAUGAAGAGGAAGGAUUUGGAAGAUGUUUAUGAUGAAUUCUCUGAUUUUUCUCUUUCCUCUCCCGCCAGAAAAAUCCGUCGACUGGAUGCAGAAUUGCCUCCCAUAAUAGAAGAAGUUGAAGAACCGGAGAUUCCUAUGACUUUUGAGCAAGCAUCUACUUAUACAAGCUUCGGAAACAAUGGAGUAAAUAGGGGUCUAGUAAUUGAAGAACUGCCCGAGAACGAAGAGAGGGCAAUUGUUCUUUUCAAGCCCAUGAACAACACACCUCCUAUGCAUUCUCCUUCUAAUUUCUCUGUUAAAGUGGAUCCCCAGUUUAUUAAUGGUUUCAAAAGUCAAGUCUUCUGGGAAAACCGAGCAAAUGCAUUCAGACCAGCUGACAAUGAAGCAACGCAACAGGAGGACUCCAGUUCUUCAAAAGGGUGUCUGGCAGUUGUUCCCUGGGUUCCAUCUCAACUUCCUUCUGCAGAACAAGCUGAAGUCCUUGAUCAACCCGACAUUUCAGAUAUGAUGGAUGCUGAAGAUAUGGAGGGUGUAGCGAUGGAUGUUGAAGAUAGCAGUGUGAAUUCUGAACCAAGAACUGCAGUCGAGGCUGGUGCAGUUAAUGUAAAUGAAGGUUUGCAUCAUUGGCAACAGCAUUGUAUGACGACUCAGUUGCCUCAGAACACAUCGCCGCCUAUUGCCUGGUACCGGUAAUUGGCAAGAAGAUUAAAAUGUUAUAAUAUUGCAUAUUAUUAGAACUCUCCACGGGUCUCCUCUUGCAUGGAAGCAUCAGGUAGGUAAAAGAGGGUGAAGUAAAUAUUAGAUAAAUGUAGUAGAAUGCUGCUUGAAAUUUUUGUCUAAGGUAGGGUGGCCGUCGUUUGGAAGGCAAGCUAUUAUGGCCUCUAAUAUGUUGAGCGAAAGCUGCUUGUAGUUUUCUAAAGUCUCAGCGCAAGACGAAAUGCAAAUCAUUCAUCAUGUCUUGGAUAUGAUUUAUUCGUGAGUACAAUGCUUAUUUUGGGUUA